AUGGAUUUUUUUGUAGAAACGUUCCAAGCUCAUUAUAUUCUGAUAAACGUUACCAUAUCCGUAUUGAUACUGGAGAUGUCCCUGUUCAUAGAAAUUGUCCACGAAUCUGGACCGCCAGGACCAUACCUGUCGAAAAUGAAGAAAUGCGACUUCACACUGUACGAACUGAAGAAGUACAACGGGGUACGUAGGCAACGUAUUCUCAUGGCCGUGGACGGUCAAGUGUUGGACGUAACAAAAGACAUCAAUCUCUACGGACCGUGUGGCCCGUACGAGUCGUUCGCCGACAGAGAUGCCAGCAGAAGCUUCGUCACUUUCAACACCCUCAACGUCAAGUGGGGCGAGUACGACGAUCCUUCCCAAAACAUCAUUCACCACCUCACGAGCAUAUUGUAG